GAGGGGAGCCAGCGGCGUCGGAGCCCAGGGUGUCGCGGGCCACCGGGCAGCCACUGGGGCACACGCUGUGCGCAGACCCCUCAAACUGCAAGUUGGGAGCUAGGGAGAGAGACGCUGGGCAUCAAGACGGGCCGCAAGCUGCAAGGUCGCUGCUCCACUACCUCGGACCUGCCACCUCAGCCCCACCUCUGCUGGUCUCUCCCCGCGGCUCAGGCCGCUUUAUUGCCUUCGGCUCAGGAUGAAGCCCGCAGGCGGCGGCCCCAUGGCAAACCCAGAGUCCAAGUGCGCCGACGUGUCCCUCGGCUUGCCGCUGCCCUGGGCCUAUCCGGCCGACGUGCGGCUCUGCGGCCACCUGCGGAAGCAGAAGUCCCAGCGCCGCCGCUUCUUCGCCCUGCGCACCGACCCGCCGCGCCUCGAGUGUUAUGAAAGCGAGAAGCAGUUCCGCGGCGGCCGAGCGCGGCCCCAGCGCACCGUGAGCCUGGUGGGCGCGUGCACCAUCAGCAAGCGCGCGGACGCGCGCCAGCGCCACCUGAUCGUCCUGUACACGCGCGACAGCAGCCUGGGCGUGGCGGCGGCCAGCGAAGCGGAGCAGCAGGCGUGGUACAGCGCCCUGCUCAAGGUGCGCGCCGCCGCCGGUCCCAGCUCCCACGAGGACCCCGGGACCUGGAUCCUCUCACCGUUCCAGGACGUCUGGCCCGUGACGCUGCGGCCCAAGGGUCUGGGGCGGACCCGAGGCCUGGGCAGCGGCGGCUACCGCUUGUGCCUGGGUUCGGGGGCCCUGAGCCUGCUGCGGAAGCCCUGGGGCAGGGGCUCCCGGGAUGCCCGGGCAUUACCGCCGCCCGCCCUGCGCCUGCCCCUGCUCAGCGUGCGCCGCUGCGGCCACGCAGACUCUUUCUUCUUCCUGGAGCUCGGUCGCUCGGCGCCCACGGGUCCCGGGGAGCUGUGGCUGCAGGCGCCCGACGGUGUGGUGGCCCAAAACAUUCACGAGACCGUCCUGACCGCCAUGAAGCGACUCGGGAGCGGUGGGGGCGGUGGCAGGGCUGAACCACUGCCCAGGGAUUCCCCAACGAGCACCUCCAGGCUCUCUGUCCCCCAAACUUAUGAGACUCCGGCCUCCGCGACCCAAUCGAGCAGCCUGAGCCGUCGGGGGUGCCUGGGUGAGAGGAUCAAGCAAGCAACCCUUAGGACCCCGGCGAGGCUAGGGGCGGCAGCCUUGUACUCUAAGGGGCUGGAUCCGGGCGGGGGCUACAUAACCAUGGGAGCCAGGAGUGACUACGAGCCCAUGGGGGGCGGCGAAGCGGGCGGCUACACGGUGAUGGCGUCCCCAGGGCUUUGUCUGGCCACAGCCAGCGCCGCUCCGGCUCCCGGGCAGCCUCUCCAGGACUGGGGGGACACUGAAUACGUGCCCAUGAACCGCUUUCCGCCAGGGUCCUUUUCCUUGAGCUCCCUGCUCCGUUCCUACAAGUCCGGGACUGGGAAGCCUGGGCCUGGGCUCCAGGGCGCCCAUCGCGGCACUGGGGGCAGCUGGGGACUGGCGGGGGCUCAACCCUGUUCCCUGCCGCCGUCCGAGCUGGCCGGGAAGUACGUAUACAUCGAAUAUGCGGCCCCAGACUGCGUAGGAAUGGCCACUAACGGGCCAGAGCCUCCCGACGGCCACCUCAACUACGUCGACUUGGACCUGGUACCUCCUCUGGAGGCACACGGCGACAUCCUCGGGGUCCGCAAGCUCCUCCCCCAUAGCUACGCGCGCAUCGAGUUCUAGAACCUCCAGGAGGCGCCGGUGAGGAAACACGGGCAGCUGCGGAUGCACCGGGACGAGGGAGGGAAAGCAGGGCAGAGGUGGGAAUGCCGCCCCCCACCCCCAAGGGGGAGGGCCCCAAGGCCCAGAUGUCCCAUCGAACAUGUGACCUGCAGAGGCGAUGAGCUCCCCCUUCAGGCCGCUGCUCGCUCUGUCUCUCGAGCUGUGGCGCCUAAGGAAACUUGAAGUUUAUCAAGAAGUUGACUAUGUUUAGGGGAGAAAAUUCUAGAACCUCCCCCCUCCCCCCACCAAAAUAACCCCCCCAAACUAUAAAUUUCUGGGUUCUGUCAGCUGAAGGCCUGAUCCUCUCUAUUUCCCUGCAGAGUUCGUGCAUGCAGCCAGCCAGAUUUGGUGGUGCCACUUUGCCACCAAUGACAUUUGUGUGGACCUGCCCCUCCCACACACACCUGCAGUGCCUUCCUUGUGUCUCCUCUGAACCAAGAAACUACCCACACCCAGCCCCAGAGCUGAACUCCUGGGGCCCCAGCACAAGAAGGAUGGGAGCACCAGGGAUCUUAACCACUCAUGCCCCCAAAAGUGAUGUGUCUCCCCACCCCAAGUUGCCUCUCUUAGAACCAGCCACCUGCUCACACAAUCCUGCCUUCUCCAAGCCUGGCCAAGUUUGAUGGCUCCUUACUUUCUCCAUGUUCAGCCCCUCACUGUACUGUGGACCACCCACCCAGCCACCCACCCACUCAUUAAAGGUGCUCUGCUUGGUGAGGCUGGAAA